AUCCCUAAAACUGUUAUUAUUGUGUUGAAUAGAGUGAUUUUUUGCAGACACCAUUAAGAAGACGAGUGGGCAUGCCCGAAAGAUGCCGUCAACGUCGCGGUCGCGCGGCUCCGGUCGCGGGCCGGACGGUGCGCCACGGACCCAAGUCCUAGCACCUAUGUCGGAGCGUCAGCAGCUGCAGCUGGUGAUGCAAAUAUCAACACAGGACGUCCCUUCAGCGGGUGAAGAGAGGAAGAAGUCUAGGCAACAGCGCAAUCUACGCGGAGAGACAUCUCUCCAUGUUGCAGCUAUAAAGGGAGAUCAUGAGCAGGUCAAGAAACUUCUAGAUCAAGGCCAGAAUCCAGAUGUACCUGACUUUGCUGGGUGGACUCCACUCCAUGAAGCUUGCAGCUUCGGCUUCAUGGAUGUUGCUGAAGUUCUAGUUAAAGGUGGGGCAAAUGUGAAUGCAAAAGGUUUAGAUGAUGACACACCACUGCACGAUGCUACCACCUCAGGCAAUUUGAUAUUAGUCAAGUUUCUUAUAGAAAAUGGAGCCGAACCCUUUGCUAAGAACACAAAAGGAAAAAUGCCUAUAGAUUAUGCAGAACAACACAUACUGGAAUAUCUUGAAUCUCUUAGAGAUAACGCGAGAGCUUCACAUUCUAGUCGAGGAAGGGAUGACAGUACCAAAAAAGGCUGCAAUGCGAGUGGUAGCAGUGACACCAGUAAGAAAACCAAUAUGGAUGGCCUAGCACAGGGUGAACACUUUGAUGGGAAAGAUGCCACACCGGAAAAAGGGAACAAUGACAAUAGGGAUGAUGGAAAUCAGCUAAGCAGCGCAGUGGUCUCUUCUACCCAAGAUGAAACGCCUGUGGGUAGCAAGAGAUCGUAUUCUGAUGAUAGCCAUGAGACAGACACUGCAGAAGAUGACAACUCGAAACGACGCAAGAGGAAGGACACUGAAGAAAAAGAACCUAUGGCAAAACCUGCACCUGUAGCUAGAGGAGGGCCUGGCCGUGUGUUGACUGGUACCAAACUGCCCGGUCCUGCAAGUAAGACAGGAGUUGCACCAUUAGGAAAAGGCGCCUCGCAAGCUAAUAAGGGUGGCGCCGGCACUACCGGAAAGGGGACUCAAUCGCAGGGGAAGGGAGGUGGCACCGGAGCGAAAAUAAAUGCACAAAGUCAGUAUUUUUGCAAGGGCAAAUCGGGAAGUUCAAAAGGCGUAUCUGGAUCGCAAGCAAACAAGCAAGAGAGAAAGAGUCCCGUGGCAAGUCCAAAACCAAAUCAGUCAAAAGAGACAGAAGUUGAUAUUGACGAACAGAAGAACCAAGAAUCCACCGCACCGAAAGUUCCACCACUCAAGAUAGUUAUUCCAGGAGGAGCUAGUGGUUCAGGCAGCAGGAACGAACAAGAAGGGGAAGGAACUGGACAAAGAGGCAGUGGUAAGGGGCGGGGCAGUGUAUCCACGUUACCCUAUGUAAUUCCAUGCACCACAACUGACACAGGCCAGACAUCUGACAGUUCUGAUGGCAACAUUGAAGAAAAGAAAAGUGGAGAUGGGGGAAAGGCUGGACAAAGAGUCCUCCGUUCGCACAGAACAAAUGAUGGAGAAAAAGACAAGGACAAGGAGAGGACAUCCCCUCAGACGGGGCCUGAAACUCGCGGCUCUGGACAUUUGAAUACGAACAAGAGCCCACAACCUUCGGGCUCUGGCCACCAGGAUGCUGAACAUGCGUCAUCAACAACAGGCAGUUCGAGUGGACGAGCAGAAUCAGCUGCACAGGGUCAGUCAGUAGAGCUACAUCCCAGAAAGCGAAAAAUCAAAGCUACGAAGGAAAGUCACUCACGAGACCACCAAAAAAAUGAUCCUGCGCCCGAGUCCAGUAUAGUCCAUAAUAUUACUCAUUCCAACCCAUACCAAAUGUAUAUCCAUAUUCGCAAGCAGAUUGACACUCGUCAAAAGGGCCUGUUUCCUGUGAAGCCUAAACCUCCAAAAGAUUUCAAUAAAUACCUGAUGAACCGCUGCACUUACACACUACAAAAUAAUGUUAACUUAGACCCGCCCGUCGAAUUACCUGCUAACCUACCUACGCAGAUGAUAAACGAGUAUAUGGAACAAGAAAAAGAAAGAACUCGUCUACGCAUUCAGCAUCUAGUCGAAAAGGAGAAACUUGUAUUAGCCGUUGAACAAGAAAUCUUAAGGGUGCACGGACGCGCCGAACGCGCUGUCGCCAAUCAGGCUCUUCCUUUCUCUGUGUGCACAAUGCUACGCGACAAAGAAGUUUAUAACGUAUUGGCUCCAGAGCAAGAAGAAAAGCGCAACGCGCAGCGCUCCCGUUGCAACGGAAGGCAAAUAAAGUCUUGGCUACAGGAAGUCGAUGAUAAGUGGGAAAAAAUCAAGGAGGGGAUGCUCCGACGACAGCACACGGAAGCAGAAACUUUACACGCUGUGCAAAUGAUGGGAUGGGAGUGGAAACUUAAAGAGCUCGGUAUUUGUGAUUACAAAACGACACCAAAAAUUGAUCCUGCACACGUACCGCAAAUACACGUGUCAAAUUUUGACUUACCUGCUUGAAUUUAUAGUUCUUAUUGCUUGGUUUCAUAUAAAAUAUGUGCGAAAUAGCUCAAACAAGCUCCUUGAGUUUUACGGGACGAAUGAUAACAUCGAUUGGCACGACGACUCAAGCGGAGCUACUUAAUAGGUUAUUAGUAGAUCAUUAAAUAUGUCAUUUUUCGACGGUCGUCAAGCCUCCUUAGGUUUCUCCUGCGGCUCAUCUUAUGGUACUUGGUGACUCGUCACUUAUUUUUUUUUUUGUUUUUACUAUCUAAGGGAUAAAGUUCACAAGACGAGCGUGAUUUUUUAAAUGGCCGCAUGAUAAAAAUUCUAUGUAGUAAUGAAUACCAAAUUCUUACUAUAUGUACGACUCUGCGGUGCUAUACAGAGUAAUAAUACGCAUGGUUACGUAGUUAAAAUACGCCGAACAAUAAAAAGAUUUUUUUGAGAUAAAGUGGAUUUUAAACAUAAUACGAGUCUCUUACUACCAUUGGAUGGAAAUUUAAUUGAACAAGUUUAUUAACGUAAUUCGAACUGGCCGUCUAAAGUGAAGCAAAUUCAGCGUAUUGGGAGAAUAUCUCGUAAAAAAGAAAUCACACAAUUUAUUCAUUUUUCAACAACCUAACCUGUUUAUCCAUCAAUUUACCGCGCUUUACGGAUAAUUAUUUGCACAUUUUGAAACAAAAAUAACGUCAUAUUUUAUUUAUUUUCCACGUUACAAUGACGUUUUUCCUAAUGAAUUAUCCUGUAUCAAAAAACUUGACUUUUCGUUGGUUUAAGGUCAGUUGCGCGCUAAACUUAGGCAUGCUUUUCGUAAUAGCUAAAUUUUCAAUGUCAUUUGUCACGUUUGACUUUAGAGCAUUUGGUUGACACACGAUUGCUCCUUUUUCGGAAAGUACUUUAUAAAUAAUUUUAUUGUCAUUUUCAAGGUUACAAGAAUAAAAACAUCCUCAGUUAACCAAAAAAAGAAAAAUACGUGUAAAUAUUUAUUGUCUGUCAACGUGCUAGUGGGUAACCCAGCAUGUCUGAUAACACUCAACAAAAUUCGGGUGUUUUUAUUGAUUUCAAAUAAAUACUCAAUGUCAAGUUUUGUUAAUUUCAAGUGUACGCCGUUUUAUUAUUAAACGACGUUUGCGCAAACCGUGUUUUCAUAUUAAAACCGAUUUUAUAAUUCCAUUUUUUUAAUUUUUUUUUGUGCUUUGAGUACAGUGAAUAUGUAUAUGUCGUGUUACCAGUGGCUACAGCCACUCGCAACUUUAAUCACUAAUUCCCCGUUAUUUAUAAGAAGUUCUACAACUUAAUUGAAGCACUUCGUGAAAUUGCAGUUCGCGUUAUUUUAUAAUAAAUGGUUUGCUUGCUUGACACUUUUAUUUAGACUCUUAUGGGUCACAAUUAUAUUUUAAGGUGGUAUGUCGUACAAAAGGAUUUGCAUAAUGGUGUCACUCACCAAACACUGACAUUUUCUAUUAAAAUUUGGGAUAAUAUUAUUUGAUCUUCAAAGAUAUAAUUGAUCUAUUGUAAAUGUACACUUUUUUAAUUAAACGACAUUUUUUAUGUUUGAUAUAUUGAUUGUUCCAUCUAUA